AUGGUUGAUACUUUGUGCUCAGUCUUCCUGUGUUUCCUCCCCAGGGUUUUCUGUGUUUUAUUUCUUCUUGUUCCUGGCUGCAGGUUCACAGAGUUCCUGGAGCCGUUUGAGAGAGUUAUACAACCUGAGGAGCUGUGGCUCUACAAAAACCCUCUCAUUAAGUCCGACCACAUCCCCAAGAAGGUCAUGUUUGCCAUCUCCUUCCUCACCCCGCUGGCCGUCAUCUUUGUGGUGAAGAUCAUUCAGAGGACGGACAAGACGGAGAUCAAAGAGGCGUGUUUAGCUGUGUCUCUGGCUCUGGCUUUAAACGGAGUCUUUACAAACACCAUCAAGUUGAUUGUUGGCAGACCCAGGCCAGAUUACCUGCAGCGCUGUUUCCCAGACGGACAAGUGAACGCUAAGAUGCUGUGCACCGGGGAGCAGGAGGUGGUCUCUGAGGGCCGCAAGAGCUUCCCCAGCAGCCACUCGUCCUUUGCGUUCUCCGGUCUGGGGUUCACCUCCUUCUACUUGGCGGGAAAGCUGCAGUGCUUCACGGAUCAGGGCCGAGGUCGCAGCUGGCGUCUCUGCGCCAUGGUUCUGCCUCUCUACAGCGCCAUGAUGAUCGCCUUGUCCAGGACCUGCGACUACAAACACCACUGGCAAGACGCCUUCGUCGGGGGAGCGAUCGGCUUGAUGUUCGCGUACGUCUGCUACCGCCAGCACUACCCCCCCUUCCUGCACACGGACUGCCACCUGCCUUACGCCAGCCUGGCCGCCGCCGCCGCCAAGAUGCCGCCGUCCCCUCAGGAUGAGCCGCAGCCCACCGACAACGCCACCACCCUCCCCAUGGAGGGUUUGACGGAGGGGCCGGUAUGACUAGUGGCCCCCGCCGAGACGCCCCCCAAAAGCUUUCACCAAGCCGCCGAGCCUCGUUCCUCGUGAAUAACCGGCUCCUUUCUACAUUCCAGUGGACAGUAAAACACUUCAACCAUUUCCAGUCUGUAACGCCAUGCCUCGAUGACUCAUUGUGUUUAUUUCUAAAUCUGUUUUAGUUUUUUUGCUCAGCAGCCGUUAAAGUCUAUAUUUAGAUGUAACGUAAGGAAGGAGCCUGAGAGAAUGUGGGAACAUAAGAUGAGAAAAACUUCAAGGAUUAUCGUGAUCGAUGCUGUGAAGUCAGAUGAUAUAAAAAAGUGUUGUUUUUGUUGAAA